UCUGCUCAUCUCUCCUCCCUGUGUGUGUCUGUGUGUGUUCAGACUCAUCUCAGGCAUUUACCAUGAAGCACUGUGUUCUGCUGCUGCUGGCGUUGGGCCUCGCCCACGUCCUGGCCGCUCCGGUGGAGCAGGUCGGCCCGGUGGAGGGGUCGUGUGACGACGCCUUCGUGAAGAGCGCCGCUAAAGAGGCUCUCAAAAAGAUCAACCAGGACCGGAAGGAGGGCUACGUGUUCGCCCUGCACCACCUGUCCGACGCACACCUGGAGAAACAUGGAGAACAUGGCGUUGUCUUCUACCUGACUAUGGACGUGGUGGAGACCAACUGCAGCGUUCUGGGCACAUACCACUGGCAGACCUGUGCAGCUCGCUCCGUGGAAGACACACCGGUGUAUGGACAGUGUAAAGCUGCCAUCUUCAUCAGCAGGGUGAACAGAGUGCUGCGUCUCUACAAGUACGACUGUACUCUCAGACCAGUUCCUGCAGCCAGGGUGACUGAAAUCUGUCCCGACUGCCCGAGUCUGAUGGACAAGGAGGACGCUAAGGUCCAGAAGGUUGUGUCCGCCGCUCUGAAGAAGUUCAACGAUGAGAGCGACAUGACCAAGCAAUUCGCUCUGCUCCAGGUCACCCGCGCCAGUCUUUCGAUGGGCAUGGCCACAUUCUACAAUGUGGAGUUCACCAUCCAGGAGACGACCUGCAGGAGGGACGUGCCGCUGGCUGAUAAGUGCCCCCUCCUGGAAUGCGAGUUCGCUCACAAGGGCUUCUGUAAGGGAGGAGAGGUCACCCCCCCCACUGGGGAGACUGAGAUCACUGUGGAGUGUGACAUCUACGAGCCGGAGGCUGCUGACAGAGAGAAGAAGCUCCACCUCCUCGGCGGAGAGACUGACCACAGCCACGGUGACAAACAUGCACAUGACGCCGCCCAUGACCACGCCCACGGCUCCGACCACGAACACUCACACGACCACGAGUCUGACCACACCGAGAGCCACACUCAUCAACACCAAGCCCAUAACCACACCCACGCCCACGACGCCGACCACCACCACACCCACGACAAAGGCAGCGCCCACAGCCACGCCCACGACCACACCCACGACCACGACGCAGGCAGCGCCCACAGCCACGCCCACGACCACACCCACGACCACGACGCAGGCAGCGCCCCCAGGCCCGCCCACCACCACACCCACGACCACGACGCAGGCAGCGCCCACAGGCACGCCCACGACCACACCCACGACCACGGCCACGGCCACGAUCACGUGCACGCCCAUCACGCCAAAGCGCACAACCACACCGGUGACUCACCACACCAACACCACGGCUACGAGCACACUGGCGCCGAGCACACCCACGAACACGACCACGAGCUCGCUCUGGACCACGAGCACAAGCACGCUCACCUGCACGUGCACGAGCACCACCACCAUCACCACGAGCACGAGCACGAGAAGGCACACCACGACCACCCAGAGGGCAAGGUGAAGAUGUUGCCCUCCAUCGACCAGCCCAUGAUCCUGCCUUUCUUCCCAGAAGCCCCUGAGGCCGGGGUCACUCUGCCCGCCAAGCCCGACCCCCAGAUCCCCGGGGCGAUGGAGCCCACCAUCCACGCGUUCCCCACCUCCUUCUCCGCCCUGUGCCCCGCCCUGACGGGGGAGCUCUCCCUGGUGGACAAGCUCUUCACUGAGGACCCCCGGUUCAAGCGACCCUCAUGUGAGAGGAUGAGUGGGUUCCUGCUGAUCCUAUGUGUGGCCCUGCUGCAGCAGGAGGGACGAGCCCGGCCAGAGCCUCCAGGCUGCAGCAGCCCCGAGGCCGUGCGAGUGGCAGAAGAAGCCAUGGAGCAGAUCAACCAGGACGCCACGCACGGAUACGUCCUGUCACUCAACCGACUGUACCACGUCUCUCACAGCACGGACACGAGCUAUGGGACACUCUACAGGGUGUCCAUGGACGUCUUGGAGACCAAAUGCCACAUCAGCAGCAGGAAGCCGUGGAAAGAGUGUGAAGUCAGAGAUGUUUCUGAAGUACUAGUUUACGGAGAGUGUGAUGUCUCAGCCUCCUUAGACACUCAAGUCAAACUUCGGAGCUACUCCUGUGUUCUUCAUGAAGUUUCUGCUCUUUUGGUGGUGAUGACGUGUCCAGACUGUCCCACCGCUAACGACAUGAGCGAUCCCAUCGUGGUGGAAACGGCCAAACUCUCGCUGCAGAGGUUCAACAAGGAGAGUGGCCUGGACAACGUCUUCGCUCUGGGGAACAUCACAAAAGCCAGUUUCCAGUGGGUGGUUGGUCCGUCGUACUUCGUGGAGUUCACCAUCGUGGAGACGGUGUGUUCAAAGAAGACGGAGGCCAGUGAGCUGAGCAGCUGUUUGCCUAUGGACUGCCAGUUUGCUCACCGAGGUUUCUGUUCCGGUUCACACAUGAGCAUCGAGGACGAGUUUGACUUCAAGCCUCUCGUUGGAAAAGGAAUCAACUCAAGGAACCCUGUGGAAGUGAAGUGUGAGAUCUACGAGCCUCAGGCCGCUGCUGUGGAGGAGCAGCUCCAUGCCCGAGCUGACAGUAAACACACCGGGCAUCAGCACCACAACCACACACACCUGCAUCCCCACGAGCACGAGCACGAGCACGCCGUCACACCCAGCCCUGACGCCACUGUCCCCAAACCACGGGGCUCCCUGGGGACUGUGGUGAAUGAAGCUGCUGCUCCCAGAUCUGCCCCGGCUGCCAGCUCCUGCCCCGGCCCACGACGCCACAAUCUGGACAUAUUCAGAAUCAAACUCUGACCGGCUGCACACACAGGGCUGAGUCUACUUCCUGCAUGUUGUUGCUUGUUGUAUAGAUGAGACACGAGAUUGUAAAAUGAAAGAAAAUGUUGAGUUUUACCAACGAUAAUCCUUGUUAAUAAUCAGAUUACAUUUACUGUUUGAUUAAAGCCUUCAUAAAGCUGGAA